AUGGUGGGCGGCCAGCGGUUCUUCGACGAGCUGGUGGACAGGUUCUAUGACGCGGUCGAGGACGACUCGUUGUUGCGGCCGAUGUACCCGAGGGACAUGGGGCCGUCCCGGAGGCGCCUGUCCGGCUUCCUGGCCCAAUACUGGGGCGGGCCCCCGCCAGCACGAGGGAGCGGGGCCAUCACCGCCUGCGGAUGCGCCACAUGCCCUUCGCCAUCGGCCAGGCCGAGCGCGACGCCUGGAUGGCACACAUGGUUGCUCGCUCGACGCAGCAGAUGCCGAACGGCACCGCCGCCCGAUGCCCAAAGAGAUACGGGCAGGCAAGGUUAG